AUGGCGCGGGACGCGAUACGCCGUCUUUGCAAGGACCUGGAGCAGCUGGAGAGGAGUAACAAUCCUCAGCUCACGGUCCGCCCCUCGGAGGAGUCCAUGCUCGAGUGGCAUUUCGCGGUGCACCACCUGCCCGACGACACGGUCUAUGCUGGUGGCUGCUACCACGGGAAGAUCAUCUUUCCCAAGAUGUACCCGCUGUCGCCACCGGCCCUCGUGAUGCUAACCCCCAGCGGGCGGUUCGAGGUGAACAAGAGGCUGUGCAUCAGCAUGACGGACUUCCACCCCGAGAGUUGGAACCCCGCGUGGACAGUGGAGUCCAUCCUGGUGGGCCUCAUCUCGUUCAUGGUCGACGAGCGGGAGACGAGAAGCAUCGGGGCCAUGCUCGAGCCCCCAGAGGUGCGCCAGAGGCUGGCGGCCACAUCCGCGGAGUUCAACCGCAGCAGCCCCGAGUUCUGCGCGCUCUUCCCCGAACUCGCCGUGGGGCAGGCGACGCAGCACCCGCACCAGCCGCUCUCCGCGGUGCUCGGCGGCGGGGGGGCCCAGGAGGACCCGGGGCCGGGGCGGCCAAACGGGGCGCCCAGGAGGAGGCCGCGGAGGGCGACGCUGCUGUGGCAGCGGCUGACGGGCCGCGGCAGCCAGCGCCCGAGCCCGCGGCCCCACAGCCCGGCGCCGGCCCAGAAGGCGACGCGGCCGCCGACAGGAGGGCCGCCGCGGAAGAGCGGCCCAGCGCGGCGGCCACCCGUUGCGAGGUGA